CUUCCCAUUCUCUUCUGGGAUUGUGGUGCAGGCUUUACUGGUAACACUACACAUCACCCUCUGAAGUGGGAGUUUACUGCAGGAGCAGACCCCCAUACAUCUCCUCUCCAUAGCACACAGAUCCACAGGUUGCUCCUUGGUCCAUCUGCUAAAUACUUGAAGAUGUUCUUUGUAUUAUGAUAGCAGGAAUAAGAUAUUUUUACAAGAUGAAAACCUGGAAAAUUGUUUUACUUGUUCUACUUUUAGAACAAUCUUUUCAUAGCUCACAUUCCCAGAAAACUGUGUGCAAAGAGGAAAAUAUUGCAGACAUUGUUUUCCUGGUUGAUGGAUCCUUUAGCAUUGGCAUAGACAACUUCAAAAGCAUACAGGACUUCUUAUACACCCUGAUAAGUAGUUUUGAUGUUAGUCAAGACAACAUCCGCAUUGGUCUAAUUCAGUACAGUGAUGAGCCACGCACAGAAUUCUACCUAAACUCUUAUGACAAGAAGGAGGAUGUACUACAGUAUAUACAAAAUCUGAACUACAAAGGUGGGGGUACAAAAACUGGUGAAAGCCUUCAGUUUAUGCUGGAAAAUCACUUCACAGAAAGUGCAGGAGGAAGAGCCAAAGAUGGAGUCCUGCAAAUUGCUAUUGUAAUAACUGAUGGUCAGUCCCAAGACAAUGUCAAUGAACCAGCGACCAAAGUUAAAGAUUCAGGAAUUACAUUAUAUGCCAUUGGUAUAAAGGAUGCCCUCUUAACUGAGCUCAAUGAAAUAGCCAGCGAUCCAAAUGAGAAACAUGUUUACAAUGUGGCUGAUUUUACAGCUUUACUGGAUAUUUCCGAAAAUAUGCUUCAGGUACUAUGCACUACAGUGGAAGAGGCCACCAGACAGAUUGAUAAGAUUGCUCAAGGUUGCAGAAAUGCUAAGCAGGCCGACAUCGUGUUCCUUGUAGAAAGUUCCAAUCAAAUCAGUGAGGAUGCUUUUGAAAAUGUAAAGGAUUUUGUCUAUGGUUUGGUUUCAAGCUUGAAUGUUGGCCUCAACAAAGUCCACAUAGGCCUGGCUCAGUACAGUGAUGAUACAAACAGUGUUUUCUUGCUGAAUGACUAUUCUCAAAAGAGUGAAAUCUUAGAAAAGAUACAAAGUUUGUCGUAUAAAGAUGGCAAUACCUACACAGGACGGGCUCUACAAGUUGUCAACAGCACCUACUUUACUGAGUCAGCUGGGAGCAGAGCAGCAGAGAAUAUAGCUCAAAUACUUGUUUUAGUCACCUAUGGCCAGUCUUCUGAUGAAAUAAAAAAGUCAGCUAGAGAUUUGAAAGCCAGGGGAAUUUCAAUCUAUGUCACUGGGCCUAAUGUUAAGGCUAUUGCAGAGUUGAAAGAGGCAGCAAACAAGCCAAGCAGAAAGUUUUUUCAUUCCUUAGAUAAUUUUGAUUCUACUGAAGAUGUGACCAAGAGUCUUCUGAAUAAUAUUUGCUCCAGUGUUAUAUCAAAUAUGAAAGCUUUUAAGAAACGCUAUGCAGAUAUUGUUUUCCUUGUGGAUUCUUCUUCCAGCAUCGGAAGUGCAGUUUUCCAGGAAAUAAAGCUCUUUAUUUCAAGGAUAAUUGGACAACUUGACGUCAGCAUUAAUACAUAUCGUGUUGGUCUUGCCCAGUUUAGUGGGAUAGCCCAAACUGAGUUCCUGCUAAACACAUAUGACACCAAACAACAAGUAUCGGAUCAUAUAAAAAACAUUUAUUUUAGAGGUGGUCCACUGAACACAAUAAGAGCCUUGGAUUACUUGCGUACAAUUUUCUUUGUGGAAGAGGCUGGAAGUCGAAUUAAUCAAGGCAUACCUCAGGUUGCAGUGAUCAUUACAUCAGCAAAAUCUGAAGAUCUGGUGAUUACUUAUGCUGACGAACUGAAGACAAUUGGUGUCUCCACCAUCUCAAUUAGCAUUCACAAUUCAGACACGGAAGAAUUAUUUCAAAUUGCAACCAAUCCAUUUGUUUUUAGAUUAAAAAAUUUGCAGGGGCAAAGGAAUAUCGAACAAGAUGUAAUCAAUAUUAUUGUAAUACAGGAAAUGCUGCAGUUUUCUGAGAAGACAGUGGUGCCAGCAGUUUGUUCGAGUGCUUCUGUGGCCGACAUUGUUUUCUUGAUUGAUGAAUCUAGCAGCAUUGGUGAGGUGAACUUUCAACUGACACGAGUGUUUCUACAUAAAGUCAUCAACGCCUUGGACAUUGGUGUAAAUAAUGCACGUGUAGGUUUGGUGUUGUACAGUGACAAGCCUAAUUUGGAGUUCAAAUUGAACACGUUUCAUGAGAAGUAUGAAAUGUUGGACUAUAUAACAAAGCUACCAUAUAGAGGAGGAACAGCACACACUGGAAAUGCCCUGAAGUUUCUACGCAAAGAACUAUUCUCUCCGGAAAAUGGUGGCAGGGCACACUUUGGGGUACAGCAAAUUGCAGUGGUCAUGACUAAUGGCCAAUCAGUUGAUGAAUUCAGAAAGCCUGCAGCAAAACUCAGACGAUCAGGCGUGGAAAUAUUUGCAGUUGGCUUUCAAAAUGCUGACAAAAAGGAUUUGAGGAUCAUAGCUUCACAUCCACCAAGAAAGCACAUAACCAAUGUGCAGUCUUUUUUACAACUUCCAAAUAUUGAGCUUAAGCUGAAGAAACGUCUUUGUAAUCAAAUUAUUAGUUACUCCUUUACCACGUCAGCACUUGUAAGAACUCUGAAAGAUGGUUGCACGGAUACUGAAGAAGCUGACAUUUACUUUCUUGUUGAUGGCUCUGGCAGUAUUUACCCGGAGGAUUUUGAUGACAUGAAACAUUUUAUGACCGAAUUGAUGAGCAUGUUUCAGAUUGGUGCAGACAGAGUACGAUUCGGGGUUGUACAAUACUCUGAUUCUACACAGGUGGAAUUCACUACCAGUCAGUACACCACUCAAAGGGGGUUGAAUGAAGCAGUACAAAACAUUUAUCAAUUGGGAGGCGGUACUAACACAGGAAAGGCCCUGGCAUCAAUGAAAGCCCUCUUUACAAAAGCUCGAAGCGAGCGAGCUCAUAAAGUUCCCCAGUCCUUGAUUAUCAUUACAGAUGGAAAGUCUCAAGACCGGGUGACAGAAGCAGCAGCUGACAUCAGAGGCGGUGGCAUCAAUAUCUUUGCUAUCGGUGUGAAGGAAGCUGUGCAGGAAGAGUUGCUAAACAUAGCUGGCAGCAAAAACAAGACCUUCUUUGUUGAUAGUUUUGACUCCCUGAACUUGAUAAAGAAUGAUUUGGUCCGUGAUCUAUGUACACCAGAAGCAUGCAAAGACCUGAAAGCAGAUAUUCUAUUUCUGAUUGAUAGUUCCCUCAGUAUUAAUGAUCCUGAUUUUAAAAAAAUGAAAGAAUUCAUGAAUUCAUUUGUGAGAGAAGCGGAUAUUGGUCUCAACAAAGUCCAAGUUGGUUUAAUCCAGUUUAGUUCAGAAACAAAGGAGGAGUUUCCACUUAAUAGGUAUAGCCAGAAAGAUGACCUACAAGCUGCCAUAUCUGGUAUCCAGCAGAUGCAGCAAGGAACAAUGACUGGAGCCGCUUUACAAGAUGCAUUACCAUACUUCAGUGCUGAAAAGGGAGGAAGACCAAACAUAAAGCAAUAUCUUAUAAUAAUCACAGAUGGAGAGUCUCAAGAUGAAGUUGCACAGCCUGCUGCUGCUAUAAGGAAGUAUGGUGUUGAUAUUUAUGCUAUAGGGGUACUCAAUGCGAACAACACACAGCUUCAAGAGAUUGCUGGACAGCAAGAUCGAGUUUACUUUGAGGACAAUUUUGAUGCUCUUCUUUUCCUAAACAAUAUCAUAAUUUUUGAGAUCUGCAAUCCUAAAGACCCUUGUAAAAAGACAGAAGUUGCUGACAUCAUAUUUUUGGUAGAUGCCUCAAUCAGUAUAACCGUGUCACAGUUUAAAAUCAUGCAAACGUUUAUGGAGGCUGUGGUAAAUGACUCUGUGGUUGGAAAGGAUUACGUCAAGUUUGGUGUGGUGACGUAUAGUACAACACCAGAAGAACAAUUCUCUUUAAAUGCUUACUCUUCUAAAUCUGAAGUAAGGAAAGCUAUAUAUGAUAUCAAACGCAUGAGGGGACUGACAUAUACCGCCACUGCUUUGGAGUACACUCAAGGUAGAUUUGAUCCAACUUAUGGAGGUCGUCCAAAUGUUAAUGAUAUUAUCAUUCUCAUCACUGAUGGAGCAACCAGUCCUCAAGAUAAAGCCAAAUUAGAUACAGUACCUCAGGCUUUGAGGAACAAUGGAAUUACGAUAUUUGCUGUUGGAGUUGGUUCUGCCAAAAAGGAAGAGCUUGAAAAGAUUGCUGGUCAGCCAGAUAGAUGGUUCCAUGUACAGGAUUAUAAUUCACUGGAAGGUUUGCAUGGGAACAUAACAGAGGUGGUUUGUGAUAAGUCUACAAAAGACUGUGCCCAUGAACAGAUCGAUAUUGUGUUCCUCAUUGAUGGAUCAGCAAGCAUAAACCCCAGUGACUUUGACAUUUCAAAAUCUUUCAUAAAAAAAAUAAUAGAUAGUUUCACUGUUGCACAGAACGCCGUUCAUAUUGGUGUGGCCCAGUACAGCGAUUACCCUCAGAAGGAAUUCUUCCUGAAUGAACAUUUCUCCAGCUCAGCCAUGAAACUAAACAUAGACAACAUUGUCCAACUGAAAAAGAAUACCUAUACUGGAACAGCCCUGAAAUUCGUCAAACAGUUUUUUGAUCCUCUCAAUGGAAGCCGGAAAAACCAAAAUGUCCAUCAAUACUUAAUAGUCAUGACAGAUGGAGAUUCGCAUGAUAAAGUGUAUGAAGAGGCUGCUGAGCUGAGGAGCAGUGGUGUAACAAUCUUCUCAAUUGGAAUUGGCAUCAUACCAGCAAAUAAUUAUGAGCUUGUUCAGAUUGCAGGAACCCCAUCAAAUGUGUUUUUAGUGGAAAACUUUGAAGUGCUGGACUCAAUCAGAGGACAAAUUGUAAGGGAACUCUGUGAACCACGGGAUGAACCAAGAUUAGAUUGCCGCGUUGAUAUUACAGUAGCUGUUGACUAUUCUAGAAGAGCUAGACCAUCUACUGCUUCUGAGCUCCAACAGAAACUGAAUCGCUACCUCCCUGAACUGAUGAAACACGUGUCAACCUUGGGCAACCUCAGCUGCGCCUCUGGAUCGCAGUUAAACGUUACCUUCAGCUUUGCAGUUCCAAGUCUCGAUGGCUCAUUUUAUUUUGAUUCUGACUUUGAAAACUAUAAUGAAGACAUCCUCAGGAAAUUCAUAAAUGCACAGGCAUCUGUGGAUACAUUUUUAAAUGUUAGAUCUCUUGAAGCACUUUGGACAAAAUUUAGGACAUUGUCUACACAGAGAGCAAAGGUUAUCAUCAUUUUCACUGAUGGCUUGGAUGAUACUGUGGAGACACUCAAGUUGACAUCUGAAUCCCUCCGUAGAAAAGGCCUGGAUGGUUUAUUACUGAUUGGUCUGGAAGAUGCUCAGAAUUUAAAUGAAUUGCAAGAAAUAGAAUUUGGCAGAGGGUUCUCUUACCAUCAACCUCUGAGCAUUGGAAUUUAUGAGCUACCAAGUGUAAUGUUGAAAGAAAUUGACACAGUUGCUGAAAGAAAAUGUUGUAAUGUUAUUUGCAAAUGCUCUGGGCAAGAUGGUCCUCGUGGUCUACCUGGCCCUCCAGGACUGAAAGGAAGACCUGGGACAAAGGGCUCUCAAGGACAUCCCGGUGAAGAAGGUGGGAUGGGUGAGAGAGGUCCACGUGGAGUGAAUGGGACUCGUGGAGAAAGUGGCUGUCAUGGGCCUAGAGGACAAAAGGGUGGAAGAGGCUUUCGAGGAAAUCAAGGAGAUGAUGGGGAUCAUGGUAUUGAUGGUGUGCCUGGCGAACAGGGAAACCAUGGAGAUCCUGGAUUGCUGGGAGAAACUGGAAGUCUAGGACCAAGGGGCAGAAGAGGUCCCCGUGGAGAACCAGGUGAACGAGGUGAACUUGGACUUAGAGGUGACCCGGGUGAACCUGGAAUUGACAGUAAUAUUCAAGGUCCAAAAGGACAGAAAGGAAAUCCAGGAAGACAGGGUGAACCUGGAAUUGAUGGUGUUGAAGGGGAAUCUGGAAAUAAUGGCCCAGAAGGUCCACAAGGCCGUAGAGGACCUCCUGGAUUAAAGGGAGUACAAGGAGUUCCCGGUGAAUCAGGCUAUCCAGGAGAAGGUGGCAUCCAAGGCAUACAGGGACCUAAAGGUUUGCCUGGACCACCUGGGUCACAAGGUCUGCAAGGACUAACUGGACCUCAGGGAACAACUGGUGCUAUUGGUGCUCCUGGUGGUCCUGGCAGUGUUGGACCCAAAGGUCAAAAGGGAGAGCCUGGAGACUCGGGAGAGAAAGGUGACACUGGAAUUCAAGGACGUAGAGGUUUUCCAGGCAUAGAUGGUGAUGAUGGAUAUGGUCCACUAGGUGUAAAGGGAGAAAAAGGCCAUAUUGGAUUCCCUGGAUAUCCAGGUCGUCAGGGAGAUGAAGGUGAUCCUGGUCUAUCUGGAGAUCUUGGUCCUAAAGGAGUGAGAGGCAGGCGGGGUAAUGCUGGCUUCUCUGGAGCGAAUGGUGACCCUGGAGAGAGAGGACCUGCCGGAGCAAGGGGACUAAAAGGACCAAAAGGAGUCACUUCAUUCACAACUUGCGAACUUGUAAAGUUUGCUAGAGAAAAUUGCCCUUGCUACUCAGGUCCUUCCACAUGUCCAGCCUUUCCAACCGAAAUAGUGUUUGCUCUUGACACAUCUCAAGAUGUUCCACCAGCGGCCUUUCAAAGAAUGAAGGAUAUUAUUAUCUCCCUUGUUGAAAAAAUGGAGCUUAGUGAAAGUAAUUGCCCUAAAGGGGCACGUGUUGCCAUAGUCUCAUACAGCAAUUAUGUCAAACAACUCAUACGGUUCUCCGAGUACAAGAAAAAAAGUCUGCUCCUGGAAGCAAUUCGUAACAUUUCACCAGUAAGGUCAACUGCUACGAGAAACAUUGGAGAAAGUAUGAGAUUUGUGGCCAGAAAUGUCUUCAAGCGCAUUCGACAAGGAGCACUCAUGAGGAAAGUUGCAAUCUUCUUUGCCAAUGGACAAUCCCAAGAUGUUACUUCAAUAAGCACAGCUGUAUUGGAACUAAGUGCAAAUGAUAUUGCACCAGUGAUUAUUGCUUUCAAUGAUGUCCCAAAUAUCAAGAGGGCUUUUGAGGCAGAUGAAAGCAGAAGAUCCCAACUCUUAGUUUGGAAGAGACUGCAAGACCAAAAACUAGAAGUCAUUUCACACUGCACACUUUGCUAUGACAAAUGCAUCCCUGAUGAAGAGUGUGAGCUGAAUCCUGCCCCUCCCACUGAGAUAGACAUGGACAUAGUUUUUAUCCUAGAUGGUUCUCGUACUGUGAGAAGUGAUGACUUUUUGAGGGCAAAAGAUUUUGUAAGCACAAUGCUUGACCAUUUGGUAGUAUCACCACAGCCUAAUGCACCAGGCACAGAGGCUAGGGUGGCAUUAAUUCAACAAGCUACACCAAACUUCAUGCCAAACAGAAAUGUGAGGCCUGUUACAAAAGAGUUUGGGCUUGAUUCGUACAACGACAGGAGUUUAAUGAAGAGGCACAUUAAAGAAGUUGUCACACAGCUUGAAGGUCCAUCUGCUCUGGGCUACUCAAUCCAAUGGGCUAUAGAGAACAUUUUUAGGAAAACUUCAAAUGCAAGGAAGCACAAAGUAAUUUUUACACUCCUCAGCAGCAGAACUAGUGUCUGGGACAGAGAAAAACUGAAAGAAAUAUCUCGAAAAGCUAAGUGUGAAAAAUUCACACUAUUUGUUCUGGCCUUUGGGAAAGACAUAAACCACAAUGAGCUUACUGAGCUUUCUAGCCUCCCUCAAGAUCAUCAUGUAUUGCAUUUGCUUACUAUGUCAAGGCCCGAACUGGUUUAUGCUGAGAGAUUCAGCCAUGCCUUUCUCAACCUUCUGAACCAUGAGAUAAACUCCUACCCACCUCCAGCUUUUCAAGGAGAAUGUGAAGGACGUGGGGAUUCUGUUUUCUCUUUAGCAGAAAGUGUGGACUACAAAGAGCUGGAGCUUGAAAAACCAGAGGAGACUGCAGAAUAUGCUGAAAGAGAGGUAGAAGAAUACAGUUAUGAAGAAGAAGUAGACAUCAAUGAUGACCUGAAAACCACAGAGGAAACUUUUGGUGGGACGGUUGAGCCAGAGACUACAAGAGAUGUUGUAGACAAGUGCUUGCUGGAUUUUAGCCAUGGCACAAUAUGCAGGGAUGUCCAGCGCAUGUGGUACUAUAUUAAAGCUAUUGAUGCAUGCUCUCAGUUCUGGUAUGGAGGUUGUGAUGGCAAUGGAAACAGAUUUAGCACUGAGAUUGAGUGUCUACAAGCAUGCUCUUCCAAACGUCAAACCACGAAUCAGGGAUUACAACUACGCAAUAAAGAUUUCUGCACAUUGAAGCAAGAAGAAGGAGACUGUGAAGAUUAUGAACUGAAGUGGUGGUACAAUGCAGACCUAAAUGAGUGUGUUCAGUUCUGGUACGGAGGCUGCGCAGGAAACGAAAAUCGAUUUGAUACUCAAGAAGAGUGUGAGGUCACUUGUUCAUCGUAGGGUGGUUUCAUUAGAUCCCUGUGCACAUUAGGGCCAUCUCAAAACUAGCAAUUAUGUUCAGAAUUUAAAGAGAUUCCACAUUUAUACAGUCAAGAAACUAAUCUUAAAGGUAAAAUCAGUCUCACAUGUGGCGAAAUACAGUUGUAAAAGUUAUAGCUCAACAUUUGUAUAUCGUUUUUCUUUUUUAUUUAAAAAUAUAAAAUUGCAAAAAUUAAAUGUUGAAUCAAUUUAAACUGCAUUUUUUUUGUUAUACUUCAAAACUUUAGGCUACUAGCGUUUUUUGCGGAUCUGUCAUGGAUCUGCAAAAACGCUUUUGUUACAAUAAUACAACCGCAUGCAUCCGUCAUGUACGGAUCUGGUUGUAUUAUGUCUUCUAGAGCCAUGACGGAUCCGUC